CGUCUUCCCGUGGGCAGUUAUCUCAGUGACAGGCGUUCCAAUCUGGAUUCUUUUUCAUUUAUUUGCUGUGAUUCCGGGCCGAGGUUCUACUGCGCGUCUCGGCCGGGUCAGAGGGCUUCCUCCCCGCAGUGCAGGAGCAGACGCAGCCGGGGACGACGCGCUGCUGACGGCCUGCUUCUCUUGUGUGGAUACGCACAGCUCGGUGCGCUAAUCUCAUUUUGGACUCGAACCAGCAAAGACUGUGCACCGCUGGGACCCGACAAAAUCCAAACGGAAUCAGACAACGAUGACGAUAAUGGUGAUGAUGAAGGUUGCACAGUAAAAAGUGCCACCAGGCAGCAGGUGCAUGACUAGGGGCGGUGACCUUUCACCUUACCGCUAAUCAUCCUAUGUCUUUAAGGCCUUUUUAUUAAGGCUGGUUUUACGAAGUAAUUAAAUCUAUCUUAUCAUUUUUAAAUAAUGACUACAUUCAAAAUGUCAGUCAGCCCAAUGAAGAUUAUUUUUUUCUCUGUGCAAUAAUUGCUUUUUUAAUGUUUCAAAGUGGAAAAAAAGUCUUUACAAGAAGUGUACAAGAAGUAAAUGUGCCAGGAAUGACUGAGCCAACAUGGCCGACAAGACGGCACCGCGCUGCCAGCUGAGGUUGGAGUGGGUGCACGGCUACCGAGGUCACCAGUGUCGCAACAACCUGUUCUACACGGCCGGCAAGGAGCUGGUUUACUUCGUGGCUGGGGUGGGCGUGGUCUACAAUGCGAGAGAACAUACCCAGAAGUUUUACCUGGGACACAACGAUGACAUCAUCAGCCUGGCCCUUCAUCCCGACAAAGUCCAGGUGGCAACCGGUCAGGUGGGAAAAGAGCCCUACAUCUGCGUGUGGGACACGUACGCCAUGCAGACCGUCUCUAUCCUGUGUGACGUGCACACGCACGGUGUGGCCUGUCUGGCUUUUGAUGCUGACGGGCAGCGACUGGCCUCGGUGGGUCUAGAUGCCAAGAACACCUUGUGUGUGUGGGACUGGAGGAGAGGAAGAGUCCUCGCCACGGCGACUGGCCACUCGGACAGAAUUUUUGAUGUGGCCUGGGAUCCAUUUGUUUCCAGUCGAUUGGUCAGCUGUGGCGUCAAACACAUCAAGUUCUGGAUUUUGUGCGGAAACGCUCUGACUCCCAAGAGAGGAAUCUUUGGGAAGGCGGGUGACCUUCAAACCAUUUUGUGUGUCGCCACCGCCAAGGAGCAGACCACUUACUCUGGCGCACUCAAUGGGGAUGUGUACGUGUGGCGAGGGGUCUCCCUGGUCAGGACGAUACAGGCGGCACACGGAGCGGGGAUUUUCAGCAUGCACGCCUGUGAGGAAGGUUUUGCCACCGGAGGACGAGACGGUUGUGUCCGACUGUGGGACAUCGACUUCAAGCCCAUCACCAAAAUCGACCUUCGAGAAGCUGAGCAGGGAUACAAAGGUUGGGAUGCAAACGUCUGCUGUUCGAGCACCACUCGACAUCAUGCUCAUAUCGUUUCAGGUCUGUCCAUCCGCAGUGUCUGCUGGAAGGCCGACCGCAUUCUGGCGGGGACGCAGGACAGUGAGAUUUUCGAGGUCAUGGUCCGGGAUCGGGACAAACCGGUUCUGCUGAUGCAGGGUCACAGUGAGGGUGAACUGUGGGCGCUCGACCUCCACCCCAAACAGCCCGUUGCUGUAACCGGGAGUGACGACCGCUCCGUCAGGCUGUGGAGUCUUCCGGACCGAACCCUGCUGGCUCGCUGUAACAUGGAAGAAUCGGUGCGCAGUGUUUCCUUCAACAAUGACGGAUCUCAGCUGGCUCUGGGAAUGAAGGAUGGCUCCUUCACCGUCCUGCGAGUCAGGGACAUGACGGAGGUAGUGCACAUCAAGGACCGAAAGGAGGUCAUACACGAGCUCAAGUUUUCACCAGAUGGCUCCUUCUUGGCGGUGGGGUCCAAUGAUGGCGUGGUGGACAUCUAUGCCGUCGCCCAGCGAUUUAAAAAAGUGGGCGAGUGCAGCCAUUCCACGUCGUUCAUCACCCACCUGGACUGGUCUGUGGACUCCCGUUUCCUGCAAACUAAUGAUGGUGCCGGAGAGCGCCUCUUUUACCGGAUGCCAGGUAAAGUGCUGUCCAAGGAAGAGGCUAAGGGUAUCCACUGGAUGACGUGGACCGGUGUACUGGGGCCGGAGGUAAACAGCAUCUGGCCUAAAUACUCCAAUGUAACCAACGUCAACUCAGUGGACGCCAACUACAGCAGCGCUGUGCUGGCGACCGGCGACGACCUCGGCCUUGUUAAACUCUUCAGGUUCCCGUGUCUCAAGAAAGGUGCCAAAUUCAAGAAGUACAUUGGCCAUUCCGCACAUGUGACCAACGUUCGAUGGUCCAAUGACCUACAGUGGGUCAUCAGCACUGGUGGUGCUGAUCACGCCGUCUUCCAGUGGCGGUUCCUACCUGAGGGCGUUAUGAAUGGUGUCCUGGAACCCCUCCUCCAAGAAGGCUAUGCAGACUCCAACAGUGGCGACUCGGACUCAGACGUUUCCGAAGUGCCGGAGAUCGACUCAGACAUUGAGCAGGAAUCUCAGCACAACUAUGAGCGUCAGGUGUACAAGGACGACCUCCCGCAGCUGCGCAGGAAGCUGAUUGGUUCCCUGAAGAGGCAGAAAGCUCCGGAGGAGGGUCUUCGCCUGCAGUUUGUUCAUGGGUACCGUGGCUUCGACUGUCGUAACAACCUGUUCUACAGUCAGACCGGGGAGGUGGUCUACCACGUGGCCGCCGUGGCGGUGGUCUACAACCGCCUGCAGCACAGUCAGAGGUUCUACCAGGGUCACGACGACGACAUCCUCAGCCUCACUGUGCACCCUCUGAAAGACUACGCAGCCACUGCACAGGUUGGCCGGGACCCCGCCAUCCACGUCUGGGACAUCCCCACUCUGAAAUGUCUGUCUCUGCUCAAAGGUCACCACAGCAAAGGAGUUUGUGCACUUGACUUCACAGCGGAUGGUAAGAGUUUGGUGUCUGUUGGAAUCGAUGAAUUUCACUCAAUCGUCAUCUGGGACUGGAAGAAAGGCGAACGACUUGCUAAAACCAGGGGCCACAAGGACAAGAUCUUUGUGGUGAAGAGUAAUCCAUUCAGGAUGGACAAGCUGGUGACAUUGGGGAUGAAACACAUCAAGUUCUGGCAGCACUCAGGUGGCGGUCUGACAUUCAAACGAGGAAUUUUUGGGAACCUCGGCAAGCAGGAGACGAUGAUGUCAGCGUGUUACGGUCGCUCAGAGGAGUUCGUCUUCUCGGGCGCGACGAACGGCGACGUUUACAUUUGGAGAGAGACAACACUCGUCAAGACUGUCAAGGCCCACGACGGUCCUGUGUUUGCCAUGUGCUCCCUGGACAAGGGUUUCGUGACGGGCGGGAAAGACGGCGUAGUGGAACUCUGGGAUGACAUGUUUGAAAGAUGUCUGAAGACCUAUGCCAUCAAGAGGGCGCUUCUAUCGCCGUCCUCCAAAGGGCUGCUGCUGGAGGACAACCCGUCCAUCAGAGCCAUCACUCUGGGUCACGGCCACAUUCUGGUGGGGACCAAGAACGGAGAAAUUCUGGAGAUUGACAAGAGCGGCCCAAUGACACUGCUGGUUCAGGGUCACAUGGAAGGUGAGGUUUGGGGUUUAGCCACUCACCCACUACUUCCUGUCUGCGCCACCGUCGGUGACGACAAAACCCUGCGUAUGUGGGAGCUGUCAGCCAAUCACCGCAUGGUUGCCGUUCGUAAGCUCAAAAAAGGUGGGCGGUGCUGCGCCUUUUCUCCGGACGGCAAAGUUCUGGCGGUGGGCCUGAACGAUGGCAGCUUCCUGGUGGUGAACGCCGACACGUUGGAGGACAUGGUGACCUUCCACCACCGGAGGGAACUCAUCUCCGACAUACGCUUCUCCCAAGAUGCAGGAAAGUACCUGGCCGUGGCGUCCCAGGAUUCCUUUGUGGACAUCUACAACGUGCUGACAAGCAAGAGAGUCGGCAUCUGUAAAGGAGUCGGCAGCUUCAUCACUCAUGUGGAUUGGGAUUCUCGAGGAAAACUUCUGCAGGUCAACACGGGAAACAAAGAGCAACUUUUCUUUGAGGCUCCUAGAGGACGCAAACAGAAUAUCAGCGCGGCUGAGUUGGACAAGCUGAACUGGGCCAGCUGGACUUCAGUUCUGGGUCCGACCUGCGAGGGAAUAUGGCCAACGUACGGAUUCGUGAAUGCUGCGUCGCUCACCAAAGAUCGUAAACUGCUUGCCACCGGGGACGACUUCGGCUAUCUGAAACUCUUCAGUUUCCCGUGCAGGGGUCAAUUUGCCAAAUUCAAGAAGUAUGUGGCUCACAGCGCCAACGUGACCAAUGUCCGCUGGGCAAAUGACGACGCCACGCUGCUGUCUGUGGGCGGGGCUGACACGGCGCUCAUGAUCUGGACCAGAGAGCCUCCAGGUCACAAAGAGAGCAAGGUCGUCGACAGCGAAGAGUCUGACGAUGACACGGAGGAGGACGGAGGCUACGACAGCGACGUGGCGCGGGAGAAGGCAGUGGACUACGUAACCAAAGUCUACUCAGCCAGCAUAAGGAAGAUGACAGGAACUAAACCUCACCUGCAGCACAAGGAGCUUCCUGUAGACGAGAGACCUUCAGUGAGUCGAGCAACACCACUGCCUGAGAAACUUCUAAAGAACAACGUGACCAAGACGAAGAAAGCGGUGGAAGAACUUCAGUUGGAGCACGUGUUUGGCUACCGAGGCUUUGAUUGUCGCAACAACCUGCAUUACCUCAACGACGGCGCCGACAUCAUCUUCCACACUGCCGCUGCCGUGGUCAUCCAGAACCUGUCUUCCGGAACUCAGAGUUUCUAUCUGGAGCACACAGACGACAUUCUCUGCCUGACCGUCAACCAGCAUCCCAAAUACCAAAAUGUCAUCGCCACAGGGCAGAUUGGUGACAUCACGGACCUGCCAGAAGCUGACAUGUCUGGCUUUUCGCCUUCCAUCCACGUGUGGGACGCCAUGACCAAGCAGACUCUGUCCAUCCUGCGUUGUUCCCAUGCUAAAGGUGUGGGCUACGUUAACUUUAGCGCUACUGGGAAGCUUCUGCUGUCUGUAGGGGUGGAACCUGAACAUGUGAUCACGGUGUGGAGGUGGCAGGAAGGCACCAGGAUCACAAGUAAAGGUGGCCACCCUGAGCGCAUCUUUGUGGUGGAGUUCAGACCAGACUCGGACACCCACUUUGUGUCGGUGGGAAUCAAACACAUCAAGUUUUGGACUCUGGUCGGAGGCUCGCUGGUGUACAAGAAAGGCGUGAUCGGCUCUGUGGAGGACGGACGCACACAGACCAUGUUGUCUGUUGCCUUUGGUGCUAACAACCUGACAUUCACUGGUGCCAUAAAUGGGGACGUGUAUGUGUGGAGAGAACACUUCCUGGUCCGGGUGGUGGCCAAGGCACACAGUGGUCCGGUGUUCACCAUGUACACCACGCUGAGGGACGGGCUCAUCGUCACCGGUGGAAAAGAACGUCCGACCAAGGAAGGCGGUGCUGUCAAACUCUGGGACCAGGAGAUGAAGCGAUGCCGAGCCUUUCAGUUAGAGACCGGCCAGCCAGUGGAGAACGUCCGAUCCGUCUGCAGGGGGAAAGGUAAGAUCCUGGUAGGAACCAAAGAUGGCGAGAUCAUCGAGGUUGGAGAAAAGAAUGCCGCCUCCAACACCAUGAUCAACGGACACACGCAAGGCGGGAUUUGGGGUUUGUCAGCUCACCCUUUCAAGGACGUCGUCAUCUCGGCCAGCGAUGACGGAACCAUCCGCAUUUGGGACCUGGCUGAUAAGAAACUCCUCAACAAAGUGACUUUGGGACAUCCCGCUAAGUGUGUGUCGUACAGUCCCAAUGGAGAGAUGGUCUCCAUCGGCAUGGAGAAUGGAGAGUUCAUCAUCCUGCUGGUCAACUCGCUCAGUGUGUGGAGCAAGAAGAGAGACCGCAGUGUCGCCAUCCAGGACGUACGCUUUAGCCCGGACAACCGCUUUCUGGCAGUAGGUUCUCUUGAAAGCGCUGUGGACUUCUACGACCUUUCUCUGGGACCGUCCCUCAACCGCAUUGGUUACUGCAAGGACAUCCCGGGAUUCGUCAUCCAGAUGGACUUCUCUGCUGACAGCAAGCACAUUCAGGUGUCCACCAGCACCUAUACUCGACAGGUGCAUGAGGUUCCUUCAGGGAAGAUUGUCGCAGAGCCGUUGGCAAUUGAGAGGAUCACCUGGGCUACCUGGACCAGCAUCCUGGGUGACGAGGUUCUUGGAAUUUGGCCACGUAAUGCCGACAAGGCGGAUGUUAACUGCGCCUGCGUGUCCCAUGCCGGCCUCAGCCUGGUGACCGGAGACGACUUCGGCCUCAUCAAGCUCUUCGACUUCCCAUGCUCCGACAAAUUUGGGAAACACAAGCGUUACUUCGGUCACUCUGCUCACGUGACCAACGUCCGCUUCUCCUGCGACGACAAGUUUGUCAUCAGCGCCGGUGGCAGCGACUGCAGUUUGCUUGUGUGGAAAUGUCAAUAAUUACCAGAAUCCUCAGCUCCUGCCAUGCUGAGGACAGGAGGUCUUUUAUUGUGGUGGUGAUGAUGUUAGCAUGUUUCCUGUGUCAGGAUGUGCCUUUUCACUCUGACCAAACAAUUUCAUUUAAACGUGUGGUGCUACUAGGAAGGGUGUUGAGGGCUUGUUUACCAAACACUGUGGUGAUAAAAGAAGUAACAAAACAAAUUAAAUCCAAUGAAUUCUACCUCUGUACGUGAUCAGUGUCAUAUUGAAGGUAGACAAUACAUGUUGGAAUAUUUGCAAUACAUUGUGUGAUUACACAUUUGCAAGAUUGAUAUUUAUCAGUGAUGCUAGAAUAGAUCUUCAUGUGUUAUUGAUGUCAGCGCUAAUGGGAGCGUAAAACGUAUUUUAUUUUAUAUUUCCUUGUAUUUUGUCUCCUGUGAUGGGUUGCAUGUUUGUUGUGUGCAGAUGGUGAAGUUAGCACCAUUAGCUAGACACUUAGCAACAACAUUAAACAAAUUGUAAACAGUAGAAAUAAUUCAAACAGAUGCUAACGGUAAUGAAAUGAUGCUACGUCGAGUUCGAUUUUAGUUUAGCACAAAUGUUGGAAAAGAAAAACUUAGAUUUUUCUCAUAUUGCGUGUUAUUUAUUAAAGAUUAUUUUGAAUCCAACAUUUCAAAGACAGAAACAUCAGGGAAAGUCCUUGUGUUUAGCCUAGCUUAGCAUAACCAACAAAGUUUAAUUGGAAGCGAGGUACUAAAACGAAUUGAACUUUGUGCUAAACUAGAUUACCUAAACUAAACCAGAUGCUAUUAUUUGUGUGAUUUAUCAACCUCAGUGUUUCAUGUUGCUUCAGAUUGUGGAUGGAUUUGUCAACUAAGUUUACAGUGUGUUUAGAAAUAAGAUCAAAAUUACUUAUUUUACAAUAAUGUGAGACUUAUUUACAUAC